AGGGACUCAGCUUCCCAACAUACUUCUCCAAGAGUUAUAGCGCCGGGACAUCUCAUUACCCCCCCAAUCUUUGGAUUUUGCUGUCAUAUUUUCGGGGUAUCGCGAUCAAGCCGAGCUACUUUCCAGAGGAUCUCCGCGUAUAGUGCGACACAAGUUACCCAACAAGGCGAAACACGCAAAGCUCUUCAAGUCUCAUAGCAGGUGACUGUCGAGAGGUUGUUUUUUGAUUGAAUGUGCCAUUUACGCAACUGCUCUUCUCUGACACCAACGGAAUCUAUUGGUCCGGCGUGAAGCCUGCACAGUUUCAUUCGGACUCUUCUUCAUUUCCCUGCUCAGUUGGUUAGUUUCAACAGGUUUAUCCACCGAGAGCGGUCACUCACUUCUUCAGUUGAUUGCGGGAGUUCCAGGGCUUAGGGAGGGAAGUGUGACCCUGUACUUAUGGAUAUUGAAACGGUUAUCCUGUCGGGACGUCAUUCCGCGGAGAAACAAUUCAACAGCUACAUCAUGUUGGACGGCAUUAAAAUGGAAGAUCACCCGCUGCGCUCGGGACAGGCCACGCUCGGGGUCAUGCUCGGGACGGACUGCCCGCACCCCUCGGUGUGUGAGGGGUGCCAGCGGCCCAUCUCCGACCGCUUCCUGAUGAGGGUCAACGACUCCUCGUGGCACGAAGAGUGUUUGCAGUGCACCGUGUGUCAGCAGCCCCUGACCACCAGCUGCUACUUCAGGGAACGGAAACUUUACUGCAAGCACGACUACCAACAGUUGUUUGCGACCAAGUGCAGCGGGUGCAUGGAGAAGAUCGCGCCCACAGAGUUUGUGAUGCGCGCGCUGGAGUGCGUCUACCACCUCAACUGCUUCCUUGGGUUUUUUUGCUGCGUGUGUGACCGGCAGCUGAGGAAGGGCGACGAGUUUGUGCUGAAGGAGGGCCAGCUGCUCUGCAAGGUCGACUACGAGCGGGAGAAGGACCUGCUGAGCUCCGUCAGCCCCGAUGACUCAGACUCAGAGAAAAGCGAUGACGAGGAGCUGGACAUCAAGCCGGAGAAAGGCGUAGGGGGUCAAGGGAAGGGCGACGAUAGCAAAGACCCCCGCAGACCCAAAAGACCCCGCACCAUCUUAACCACCCAGCAGAGGCGGGCUUUCAAAGCCUCCUUUGAGGUCUCCUCCAAGCCCUGCAGAAAGGUGAGGGAGACGCUGGCAGCGGAGACAGGGCUGAGCGUCCGGGUGGUGCAGGUCUGGUUCCAGAACCAGCGGGCCAAGAUGAAGAAGUUGGCCAGAAGACAGCAGCAACAACAAGAACAACAAAACUCUCAGAGACUCGGUCAAGAAGUGAUGUCCAAUAGGAUGGAGGGUAUGAUGAGCUCCUUCACACCCCUGGCACCACCGCAGCAGCAGCUGGUGUCCAUGGAUCAGAACGGCUACAGCACAGACCCCUUCCAACAGGGGCUCACCCCCCCACAGAUGCCCGGAGACCACAUGAACCCAUAUGGAAACGACUCUGUAUUCCAUGACAUAGACAGUGACACUUCUUUAACCAGCCUCAGUGACUGCUUCAUGGCCUCGUCGGACAUCAACUCCAUGCAGGCCCGCGUGGGGAACCCCAUCGACCGGCUGUACUCCAUGCAGAACUCAUACUUUGCGUCAUGA